AUGUACAACUGUCCAUAUUUUAAGCUCGGCCCGCUGGCCUCCCAACACCACGCAAGCGAAUAUAACCGCCUCAAAUUUGGGCCGAACGGUUCUCCUCUGGCAUACAUCCCUUAUUCGGUACAGAUGCCGGACCACUACAAAGAGAUGCAAGCACACCAGACACGAUGCGCGGAACAAAAAGCAUGGUGGCCUCACGAAACACAUCGGAAGUUGUCUGUCAAACGUGCCUCCGCCCACCUGUCACCGUGCGGAACCGAUAGCGUCGCCUCGGUAAACAUAUCCGAACACACGACUACAAUAGACCUUCGAGAGCAAUUGUCCGCGGCAAUUUCAACGUCUAUGAUUCGGCCACUGACGCAUGAAGAUCGACACGCUACCGUACCCAUGCCACAGCCCCAUUGGCAGACAUCUGAGACCCAUCCCAUAGUUAUAUCCACUAUUAUACCUUCUGAUCUAGUAUUGACUAUUUCCUCUCAACUACGCUGUCCUGCAGAGCCAUAUCCUGUUGUGUUCGAAGUCCCAUCCUCUCACCAGCUCAACCGCAUGAUACCCACACCUUUCCCGGCUGUUGUGAAACCUGACCCACCCACAUCGCCUCAGAUUUCGCCUCCGCCGACAGCUACUCCGUUGAUCACUCCCCCCUCCACACCAAUAUCGCCUUCCCAGUCGAUUGCAAAGUCAAUAAAACUCUCUAGUCUCUUCUGGGUUCAUCCAACCGUGAGACGCGCGUUCAUAGGGGCCGAGGAACUUCACGCUUUACCCAAGAAACGCUCUAGACCGGCCUCUCUCAUCCCUUCUGCUCUAAAGGCCGUGUUCCCCCCUCUUAAGCAGGCGUCUCCCGCCUCCAACAUGGACAUCCCUCCCGCUCUUCCAAUCCCCUCCAACAUCAAUAUGAGAUUACUCGGAAACUUGUACAUGUCGUCAUGUCCUGGGAAGAAAGUGAGGCUGGAUGGUCCUGUCAGAGGACGCAACACGGUAUGCAGGGAUCUUCGAUCAGACCUCUCUCGCAUCAAGAACGUAGGCGCCGCAUGUAUUGUCUGCUGCCUUGACGACGCUGAGCUGCAGACACUUGGUGUCGCAUGGUCGGACUACGCUCGAACAGCCGACGAGUUGGGCAUCGACGUUCUACGAAUACCAAUACCAGAAGGCCUGGCUCCUAUGGCACCCUCGGACUUGGAUUCGCAUCUCUCGAAGCUCAUCGAGUCGUACACUAUCCGUGGGAGAGCGAUCCUCGUACACUGUCGAGGAGGAGUGGGCCGCGCAGGCGUUGUAGCGUGCUGCUGGAUGCUGAAGCUCGGGCUCUGCGGUUGGACCGUUCCUCCGCACGCAGUAGGCGACACAUUGCAUGCGGCUCCCGUGUCUAGCGGGGACGUCUCCGGCCAGGAACGAGGCGAGAGAGUUAGUCGGGAGACGAUGCGUCUGGUGGAGCGACUGAUCUCUGUCGUGCGAAGGCGUAGGAGCCUCAAGGCGAUUGAGACCUACGAGCAGGUCAAGUUCCUCGUUGACUACGUAGAGUUCUUGCGAGAACAAGCGUCGUCGGGAUCCUUCAUUCGCGCCAAUUUGCUCGCCGACUGGGAUGCUCAAGUGGAGUAA